CAGCAUUGCUAGCUUUAACAGCGGUCAUCGUAGUGACGUCGCCAUGCCAGCCAGGAAAAGUUCGCACUCGAAACCAAACGGUGGGGAUAAAUAUUCAGUGUUGUUGCCCACCUAUAACGAAAGAGAAAACCUCCCUUUGAUUGUGUGGCUUUUGGUGAAAUAUUUUGAUGAAAGUGGUUACAAAUACGAGAUUAUCGUGAUCGACGAUGGAAGCCCGGAUGGGACAUUGGCAGUGGCGGAACAGCUCCAAACCAUAUAUGGAAAGGACAGAAUUCUUCUUCGGCCACGAGAAAAGAAGCUAGGACUCGGCACUGCGUAUAUCCAUGGCAUGAAGCACGCUACAGGAAAUUUCAUUUUCAUCAUGGAUGCUGAUCUCUCCCAUCAUCCCAAAUUCAUCCCGGAAUUUAUCAAAAAGCAGAAAGAAGGCGAUUAUGAUAUGGUAUCGGGGACUCGCUAUCGAGGCAAUGGAGGUGUUUACGGCUGGGACUUGCGCAGGAAACUCAUCAGCCGUGGAGCCAACUUCCUGACUCAAGUGCUAUUGAGGCCCGGUGCAUCAGACCUCACAGGCAGCUUCCGACUGUACAAAAAGAAAGUUCUGGAAAGUCUGGUUGAGCGCUGCGUGUCCAAAGGUUACGUCUUUCAAAUGGAAAUGGUCGUCCGAGCCAGACAGCUCAACUACACUAUUGGAGAGGUUCCCAUCACCUUUGUGGAUCGGGUCUACGGCGAGUCCAAACUGGGAGGGAAUGAGAUUGUGUCGUUCGUGAAAGGCCUGCUAACACUUUUUGUCACCACAUGAUCACCCAAUAUACACCAUACUGUAUAAAUGUGGCGUGUGAGAGUCUUUAUUGAGGACGUUGUACAAUUCAUGGUGCAAGGAAAAAGGUUUCCCAGCCUUUGGUUGAAGCAGUGAUAGCAAUUGAAUAGAUUAUCCUAAUAACUGAGGCCAUUUUGUAUUGUACAUUCCCAGCCUAAUGGACUUUGCACUAAGUGUAUACUGUCUCAAAAUUCAUAACACAACUGUCAACAAAAAUAAAGUGGUAUUUCAGAAAAUAUGUGCCAUUU